AAAGUGCAAAAAGACCCCCGCCCUGACGGCUUAUUACCCCUAUUUCUCUUCUCUGCCCGAAUACAUUCGAUACAGCAAAAGCUCUUGAAAGCGCCAAAAAAUCAUACACAGAAAUAGCAAAGACAUCGUCAGUAGCUCUCAAAAUCGACAGAUCAACCUUCUUUCUCUCCAGGAGUGAAGAAGAUGAGCGUGGUCGGUUUCGAUUUGGGCAAUGAGAGCUGCAUCGUUGCUGUGGCCCGCCAGCGGGGAAUCGAUGUCGUCCUCAACGACGAGUCCAAGCGUGAGACGCCGGCUAUCGUAUGCUUUGGCGACAAGCAACGGUUCAUCGGCACUGCGGGGGCCGCCUCGUCCCUCAUGAACCCCAAGAAUUCCAUUUCUCAGAUCAAGCGCCUGAUCGGCCGUCAAUUCUCCGAUCCGGAGCUCCAGCGGGAUCUCCAGUCCCUGCCCUUCUCCGUCGCUGAAGGGCCCGAUGGGUUCCCUUUGAUCCACGCGCGGUAUCUUGGUGAAGUGCGGACCUUCACUCCCACCCAACUGUUAGGGAUGAUGCUCUCAAAUUUGAAGAGCAUCGCUGAGAAGAAUCUCAAUGCUGCUGUGGUUGAUUGCUGUAUUGGGAUUCCCAUCUAUUUCACCGAUCUCCAGAGACGGGCUGUUUUGGAUGCGGCGACAAUAGCAGGAUUGCAUCCGCUACGUUUGAUGCAUGAGACAACGGCAACGGCCCUCGCUUAUGGUAUUUACAAGACGGACUUGCCAGAGAAUGAUCAAUUGAAUGUUGCUUUCGUUGAUGUGGGCCAUGCUAGCAUGCAGGUUUGCAUUGCUGGAUUCAAGAAAGGCCAGCUGAAGAUCCUGGCCCACACGUUUGAUCGGUCUCUUGGCGGUCGGGAUUUUGAUGAAGUUUUGUUCCGGUACUUUGCAGCAAAAUUUAAGGAAGAGUAUAAGAUUGAUGUGUAUCAGAAUGCCAGAGCCUGCCUGAGGCUUCGAACUGCGUGUGAGAAGCUGAAGAAGAUGCUGAGUGCGAAUCCUGAGGCGCCUCUGAACAUUGAGUGCUUGAUGGAUGAGAAGGAUGUGAGGGGGUUUAUCAAAAGGGAAGAAUUUGAGAAGAUCAGCAUCCCAAUUUUGGAGCGGGUAAAGGGGCCAUUGGAGAAAGCUCUUGCAGAGGCCGGCAUUGGUGUGGAGAAUGUUCAUGCAGUUGAGGUUGUUGGGUCAGGUUCCCGUGUCCCAGCGAUUAUUAGGAUACUGACUGAGUUUUUUGGGAAGGAGCCAAGACGCACUAUGAAUGCAAGUGAGUGUGUUGCCCGAGGCUGUGCUCUACAGUGUGCAAUUUUGAGUCCCACAUUUAAAGUGCGGGAGUUUCAGGCCAACGACAGUUUUCCGUUCCCCAUUGCUUUGUCCUGGAAAGGCUCGGCCCCUGAUUCACAGAAUGGAGCAGGGGAGCACCAGCAAAGCACUGUUGUAUUUCCGAAGGGAAACCCUACACCCAGUAUCAAGGCUCUGACAUUUUACAGGUCUGGCACAUUCACGAUCGAUGUCCAUUAUGCUGAUGUGAGUGAAUUGCAGGUUCCAUCAAAGAUUAGCUCAUACACGAUUGGACCUUUCCAAUCUACUAAAGGUGAAAGGGCAAAAGUGAAAGUGAAAGUUCGCUUGAAUUUGCAUGGCAUUGUCUCUAUUGACUCAGCAAUUCUACUAGAAGAAGAAGAAAUUGAGGUUCCAGUAUCAGCAGCAAAGGAGCCAACCAAAGAGGCUGCAAAGAUGGAAAUGGAUGAGGUUUUAAACGAUGCUGCCCCUGCAGGUGCUGGUGAAAAUGAUGUAAAUAUGCAGGAUGCUAAAGGUGCCAAUGAUGCUUCUGGUGCUGGGGUUGAAAAUGGUGCUCCGGAGUCUGGAGACAAACCUGCGCAGAUGGAAACCGACACCAAGGCUGAGGUGGCAAAGAAGAAGGUAAAGAAAACAACCAUCCCAGUUUCGGAGGUGGUUUAUGGCGGAAUGGCCCCUGUAGAUGUGCAGAAGGCAGUGGAGAAGGAAUUCGAGAUGGCUCUUCAAGACAGAGUCAUGGAAGAAACAAAGGAUAAGAAAAAUGCCGUGGAGGCAUAUGUUUAUGAUAUGAGAAACAAGCUCCACGACAAGUAUCAGGAUUUCGUAACUGAUUCCGAGAGGGAGGCAUUCUCUGCCAAACUUCAGGAAACGGAGGAUUGGUUGUAUGAAGAUGGUGAAGACGAAACCAAGGGUGUUUACAUUGCCAAGCUGGAGGAGCUCAAGAAGCAAGGUGACCCCAUUGAGGAGCGUUACAAGGAGUCCACAGAACGGGGAGCUGUUUUUGAUCAGCUUGUCUAUUGCAUCACUAGCUACAGAGAGGCAGCUAUGUCACAAGAUCCUAAAUUCGAUCACAUCGACAUAGCAGAAAAGCAGAAGGUUGUACAUGAGUGUGGGGAGGCAGAGGCGUGGCUGAGAGAGAAAAAGCAGCAGCAGGAUGCUUUGCCCAAGUAUGCCAAUCCUGUUCUUUUGACAGCUGAUGUGAAGCGGAAGGCUGAGGCGCUUGACAGAUUUUGUAGGCCGAUAAUGACAAAACCGAAGCCAGCACCUCCUAAGCCUCAGACGCCACCUGAAGCACCACCGCAAGCGCAGCCUACUGAGUCACAGCCCGAUGGCACUGGCGAUGUAAACGAGACUUCACCGGGACCAGGUAGCAAUGGUCAGGAACAUCCUGCUGCACCAGAGCCAAUGGACACCGAGAAGCCUGAGAGUGGGCCCCAAACUGCAUAAUCAAGUUAAUUUACGGUUUGUCUUCUGAUUCAUUGAAGCCAUAGUGGUUGUCUGUCACAUCUUCUGUAUUAUGAUUUUGUUUCAGCCUGCUGUCAAAAUAGGGUCAAAGUGGUCAAUAGGAUUAGUAUUAUGGGUGAUAUAUGUUUGAAGAUAUGCAGGCCACUGCUUUGCGGUGUCCUGCCUCCUUUACAUUUAAGGGUCUCUAAGAAGCCGGUUUUGAGAGGGGUUUUAAGAGAAAACUAUACUGUUGAGGGAGAGAGACCUUGUUGAGAUAUGCUGCAGAGGCUUCUGCUCCUGUUAUUUUCCAUGGAUUUCCUUUUUUACAAUUAAAAUGCUUUGCCAAACGUGUCAA